AGUCCACAAUCCUUUACUAGAAUCUGUAACCUGCCCUACUACGAUUCCAAUUACAGAGCGAACCAGGUGCCCUACUGAUACUGAAACAAAAGGAUGGUACUGGUAGGCUCCCCUUUUUGGCAUAAUCUCCUCCACAUUUCUUUCAUUUUCCUUUUCCUUCCACAGUGUUGUUUCUGCGUUGGUGACCUUGACGCACUGUUGAUGCUCAAGAAAGCCAUGAUUGGCCCCAAAGGUUCAGGGCUAGAGAACUGGGACCCCUCUUCUCAGUACUACUGCUCCUUCUCUGGAGUUUCAUGUGACCACCAAUCACGAGUUGUUGCUCUCAACGUGUCCGGUUUGCCUCUGUUUGGCUCGCUUCCGGCGGAGAUUGGGCUUCUGAACAAGCUCGUCAACCUCACCAUUGCCAACAACAACUUAACAAGGAGUCUUCCCCGGGAGAUGGCCAACCUGACUUGUUUAAAGCUCUUGAACAUCUCCAACAACUUGUUCAGUGGAAGAUUUCCCGGAGAAGUCACGCUUAGAAUGACAGAGCUUGAGGUUCUCGACGCCAAUGACAACAACUUCACUGGUCCACUUCCGGUAGCGCUCGUCAAACUCAAAAAGAUCAAACAUCUACAUCUUGGCGGGAACUACUUCGCCGGAGAAAUUCCCGAAAGUUAUUCAAAGAUUCAAAGCUUAGAAUAUUUGGGCCUGCACGCUAACUCGCUUGGCGGAAAGUUUCCGCCCAGCUUGGCUCUGUUGCAGAAUCUCAAGGAAUUGUACGUUGGUUACUACAACACUUACAGCGGUGGAAUUCCACCAGAGUUGGGAACGAUGGAGUCGCUGCAAGUGCUUGACAUGGCCAGCUGUAACCUCACCGGCACGAUUCCUGUCAGUCUAGGCUUUUUGAAGAACUUACGCGCGUUGUUUCUACAUAUUAACCAUUUGAGUGGUUAUAUACCUCCAAAACUUUCAGGUAUGGUGAGUCUGAUGUCUUUGGAUCUCUCUAUUAACGAACUCACCGGAGAAAUACCAGAAAGUCUCUCGGAGCUCAAGAACCUUACCCUGCUCAACCUGUUUAAGAACAAUUUUUACGGCCCGAUACCCAACUUCAUCGGCGAUCUUCCUCAUCUGGAGGUGCUUCAACUUUGGGAGAACAAGUUUACAUUUGAACUACCUGAGAGUCUUGGCCGGAAUGGAAGGCUCAAAUACCUCGAUGUAGCCGGUAACCACCUCACCGGGUUCAUUCCUCGGGAUUUGUGCAAAGGAGGGGGGUUAAAGACGUUGAUUCUGAAGGAGAACCACUUAUUUGGGCCGAUUCCGGAGGCAUUGGGUCGGUGCAAGUCGCUAGUCAAAAUCAGAUUGGGGAAAAACACACUCAACGGGACUAUUCCUGCCGGAAUCUUCAGCUUGCCUGAUGUGAACAUGAUUAAGCUCAAUGGUAAUUACCUGUCCGGAGAACUACCGAUGCAGCUGUCUAGUGCCUCACUCAGAUUCCUCGCUCUUUCUAGUAAUCAAAUUUCUGGAAGAAUCCCACCUACCAUUGGAAAUCUCCGGAAUUUACAAACUCUUUCACUAGAUAUGAACAGAUUCUCUGGGCCAGUACCCGAGGAAAUCUUCAGUUUACAAUUGCUAGAGAAACUCAACAUCAGCACCAACAAUUUUGGUGGUGAAAUUCCGGCUUCAAUCUCUGGUUGUUCCUCUCUAAUGUCCCUAGAUUUUAGUCAAAACACUUUUGUCGGGGAAAUCCCAAGAGGGAUAGACAAACUGACAGUAAUUGGCAUUCUUAAUUUCUCAAGGAACAACCUGACAGGUCCAAUACCUACGGUAUUCAGAUACAUGUCGAGCCUCACAACUUUGGAUCUCUCCUAUAACAAUUUCAUUGGUAGGAUCCCAACCGGAGGUCAGUUUUUAUGGUGGAAUGCUUCGUUUGAAGGAAAUCCCAAUCUGUGUUCGCCGGAAAAGGUGUUAUGCAGCUCUGACAACCACCCACGACCUCGAGACCAUGAAGUCAUCACCGUUGGACUGACCGGAGCUCUGCUAACUUUGCUACUCAUGCUGCUUCUUAUAUAUGUAGUUAUCAGGGUUUAUAGGAAGAGGAAGACCAGAAAGAUAGAGAAAUGUGGCUCUUGGAAGCUAACAGUUUUCCAAGUACAGCUCGAUCUCAACAUAAAGGAUGUUCUCCAGUGUCUAAAAGCAGAGAACAUUAUCGGCAGGGGUGGUGCUGGAGUUGUCUACCGGGGGACAAUGCCAAAUGGUGGUGAUAUUGCAAUCAAACAGCUGCAGAGGGAUCAGGGAUUUUCAGCUGAAAUUAAAACAUUGGGACAAAUCAAGCACCGAAAUAUAGUGCGGCUGCUGGGGUACAUGUCGAACAAGGACACGAAUUUGUUGCUGUACGAGUACAUGCCUAAUGGUAGCUUGGGACAACUUUUGCGUGGGCCUAAUGGAAGGCAUUUGGAGUGGGAAAUCAGGUACAAGAUUGCUGUGGAAGCUGCCAAGGGAUUGUGUUAUCUCCACCAUGACUGUUCGCCUCUGAUUAUACACAGGGAUGUAAAGUCCCAUAACAUCUUGCUGGACUCUAACUUUGAAGCUCAUGUUGCUGACUUUGGGCUUGCCAAGUACUUUCAAGGACCAACAGAUUGCAUGUCUUCGCUUGCUGGUACCUUUGGUUACAUUGCCCCAGAGUACGGUUGCACACUACAAGUGGAUGAGAAAAUCGAUGUGUACAGCUUUGGUGUGGUUCUGCUGGAACUAGUAACAGGGAGGAAACCAGUGGUGCAACUAGUCGACGAACCUGUGAACCUAGUAACUUGGGUAAGGGAAACCACAUCAGAAAUCCCUCAGUCAUCCAAUGCAUCAUCUGUCCUUGCAGUUGUAGACUCUAGGCUCAGUAAGUUCCCAUUGGCAGGUGUCGAGCAUAUGUUCAAGGUAGCGAUGAUGUGCGUCAAGAAUCACAGCUCUUCAAGACCUACAGUGAGGGAAGUAGUCUACUUGCUCACUAAUCCUCCUCCUCCUACUCCAGGCAUGACAAACCCUUAGAGAUGUUGUGCGCUAUGCACAUAACGUGUAUUGAAUAAAAGAUGUUAGUGCAGAUAUACCCUGCAGUACGUUGAAGUCUCUAUAAUAAGAGUUAAGGCUAGCAAGCAGUUGAAAUGCUUUGUUUUUCAUCUUAUACUUUCUUCUAGAAGGGCUGCUAGCAUAUUUACAAUUACGAGCAAGAUUUUUCAUAGAUAUGAAACCAAGUACU